AUGCCCCAUUCCUCCCCGAAAGCACCUCCGACGGCACCACCACCAACACCCCUGCCGAACCAAAGUCCCCCCCACCACCAGAACAAUGCGGACUCCGCUGCUGCCGCGAAGAAGAUUGGCUUCCGGCUGAAGCUGAUCCUCUUCCUGAUGAUCCUAGCUGUGGACAUCGGCUUCGCGUUCCUGGAGGGCCCGAUGGUCCGCAUUCUGGAAUCCAUCGCUUGUCGACAGUAUUUCGCCGUUGUCGAUCCCUCCAAAAUUGGCGCCAAUGGAUACAUCCCCGAGGACCAGUGCAAAUUGCCGGAAGUUCAGUCGGAGUUGGCCGCUGUGAAGGGUUACCAUAUGUUUUUCGAUGGCCUGUUGAGCGCGGCCAUGGCCUUUCCUUACGGUCUGCUGGCGGACCGGCGCGGGCGCAAAUCUACCCUGGCCUUGGGUCUUCCGGGCUUCGCGAUUAAUUCCAUCAUUACCGUGACUGUGAUGUGGUUCUCGGAUAUCUUCCCCUUGCGGGCGAUCUGGUUGUCCUCUUUGGCGUGGCUGAUUGGAGGUGGUCCCGUUGUUGCUUUUGCUAUCAUUUGGACUAUGAUGGCGGAUGUGACCACUGAAUCGGAGAGAGCCGCCAUGUUCUUCCAAUUCGGCAUUGUCUCGAUGGGCGCAGAUUUCGUCUCCACGGCCGCUAGUUCAUGGCUCAUGGCGUUGAAUCCUUGGAUCCCGCUCUUCAUUGGCUUUAUCAUCAUCUUCCUUGGAUUAUUAUUGACCUUUCUCCUCCCCGAAACGAAACAUACCUUCACUGCCAAGGAUGAGCCCGUCCACGUGGAGCUCUCGGAAUUCGACGACGACGAGACUGAGCCCAAACAACACUACACUAACCCCAAUGACACAGAUAGCGAAAUGAACACCCGUCCAUCAAUGGACGCGCACAUGUCAUGGAGCUAUCCGAAAACAACCUCGCGGGUCCGAUCCUGGUGGGAAAAAUGCCGGACAAACAUUCGCUUCUACGUCCGGCCAUAUCUCUUUAUCCUCAACCAUAAACCAGUACUCCUUCUCCUAUCGGUCUUUCUAAUCUACCGUCUCAGUCGCGGCUCCUCCUGGUUCCUUACCCAAUAUAUCUCCACCCGCUACCAUUGGUCAUUAGCGGAAUCCAAUCUCCUCGUCGCAUUCCGACCCACAGUCACUAUCCCAGUCUUCCUCUGGGGCCUCCCAUAUCUGAAGAAACACUACCUCAACAGCCGACACUCAUCCACACAGAAGGACCUCUCCCUAGCACGGGCUAGUAUUCUCUGCUUCACCCUGGGCACAUUGGGUAUCGGACUUUCUCCCGCCAUCGGCACCUUGAUCCCGAGUAUGAUGCUCCAGGCCUCGGGCUCUGGCUUCGUCUUCCUCACGCGAUCAAUUAUCACCACGCUCGUCGACCGGGACCAGACCGCUCGACUGUACACGGUGAUUGAAAUCCUGCAGUCUGUUGGCAAUGUGGUCGCCAGCUUGACUAUUACAGCGGUGUUCCAACUCGGGUUACGCCUUGGAGGGUUCUGGAUCGGACUCGCGUGGAUGGUCACUAGUUCGUUGUUCUGCAUGGUGGCUGCGGCUAUUUGGGUCUUCCGUCUUCCUCUGACGCCCCGGGAGGACUUUGUUGUUGGGGACUUUGAAGAUGAGGAGUAG